CGUCCAGUCCAGUGUGCUGUGCGGCUGUCCUGCGCUGCGACACUGUGACACUCGGCGGACGGCGCGGGACGCGCGGGACGGGCUGUCACCAGCUUGGGGGCCAUCUCCAGGCAGGAUGCACCGGGCGGCGUUGUUGCUGGCCGUCAUGACCGUCAUGACGGCGGCGGUGCGCGGGCUGGGGGUCGACGGCGACCUCGACCACCACGACGCGCCGCCGCGGCCCUGGGAGGCGUACCAGCAGGCCUUGGCCACCGAGCCCCGGCACGCGCUCAAGCUCCCGGAGGGCUUCCUCUUGGGCACCGCAACGUCCUCGUACCAGAUCGAGGGCAACUGGAACACAUCGGGCAAGGGGCCCAGCGUGUGGGACGACACCCUGCACCGGGAGCCCUGGCGGACGCCGGACCGCAGCAACGGCGACGAGGCCUGCGACUCCAUCCACCUGUACCGCCGCGACGUAGAGAUGGUCAAGGAGUUGGGGAUGGACACGUACCGCAUCUCGCUGUCCUGGCCCCGCAUCCUGCCCGACGGCACACUGGCCAGGUUCAGCCAGGAGGGCCUCGACUACUACGAGAAGCUCGUCGACGAGAUCCUGGCCAAGGGGAUUCAGCCGAUCGUGACGCUGUUCCACUGGGACUUGCCGCUCACCCUACAGCAGCUGGGCGGCUGGUCCAACCCCGCCAUCGUGGACUACUUUGAGGACUACGCGAGGCUGGUCAUCGCCAAGUUCGGCGACAGGGUGAAGCUGUGGGUGACGGUGAACGAGCCCUUCCAGGUGUGUGAGUUCGGCUACUCGGACGUCAUCAUGGCGCCCUUCUACAACCUGCAGGGCGUCGGCGGCUACCUCUGCACGCACUGGAUGCUGCUGGCCCACGCCAGGGUGUACCGGAUGUACAAGAAGGACUUCGCCGGGCAGAACGGUCGCAUGGGGAUCGCAAUCCACUCCUUCUGGUUCGAACCCGCCAACCCCGAGGACGAGAAGGACUACGCGGCCGCCGAGCGGGGCAUGCAGUUCAACCUCGGGUGGACGGCGCACCCCAUCUUCGUGGGCGACUACCCCCCUGUGAUGCGGGCCAUGGUGGACCGCGCCAGCGCCGACAAAGGCCUCCUGCGCUCCCGCCUGCCGCAGUUCACCGCCGAGGAGGUCGCGCUAAUCAAAGGCUCCGUGGACUUCCUCGGCCUGAACCACUAUCAGUCGCAGCUCGCCGCGCACAACGAGUCCGUGCCGGGGCCCUCGCUGUACCGCGACGCCAAGUACACCGGCAGCGCGCACCCCUCCUGGCCGGGCUACGGAUUCACCAAGAGCACCCCCUGGGGCUUCGGGAAGCUGUUACGCUGGGUGCGAGACAGCUACGGCAACCCGCCCGUCCUCGUCACCGAGAACGGCUACUCGGACCCGGUGCAGGAGGUCAGAGACUGGGACCGCGUCGAGUACUUCAAGGGUUACAUGCGCGAAAUGCUCCUGGCCGUGGAGGACGGCUGCAACGUGUUCGGCUACACGGCGUGGAGCCUCAUGGACAACUUCGAGUGGACGCUGGGCUACACGAUGCGCUUCGGCCUCUACCACGUGGACUUCGAGGCGCCCGAGAAGACGCGCACCCCGAAGGUGUCGGCGCAGUUCCUGCGGAACGUGACGAGGGACCGCGCCGUGCCGCCCUGAACCCGAUUCCUUCCACCUCCACCUUUUUCACCACCCAAAAAAUUGCGAGUUCUCGGCGGAAAUAUAGUGUCUCUCUUCGACCCCUGCGGGCGAGCCUGCGGGUGAAUGCGUGCUCUGGUGAUGUCUUUCGGAAUGUAGUUGGGUAAUCACGGGACGAAUCCUGGUUAUGAUUUACGAAGUGUUUAUUAAGAAAUGUAUCUGACUUAUAAAUAGGUCUUAAAGUAAAAUAAAUAAAUAAAACGUUCACAAGACACGAACACACAAAAUACAAAAAAACAACAAAAACACUUAAAUAAAAGGAAAAUUUGCCGUUU